UCCACAUCUACCCACAACAGUCAUGUCAGGAUUAUCCCUGGGCCCUCAAGGCACCCAUAUCUCUUUUGACGCAUUGAUAGCUACUUUGUGGACCUUUACUGCUCUAUCUUGUUGCUCUAUCAUUUUCCGUCUCUACGUCCGACUCUUGACCUACCGAAGGCUUUUCCUUGACGAUGCUCUUGUCGUGUUGGCCUGGGCGAUGAUGCUGGCAACGACGGUGAUGUGGCAGGUCGAGGGGCCGGCCUUGUAUCAUUAUUCGCCCGUGUUCAGUGGCAAGACACUCCCGACCCUCGAGUUCUUGGAUGCGUAUACGCAUCUGCAAGGAUACUUGGUCGCCUGGCUCGUCUUGUUCUACUCCGGACUGUGGUUGGUGAAGCUGUCCUUCUUGACCUUCUUCUACACUCUGGGUACCAAAAUCCGGAGCCACCGCGUGUGGUGGUGGAUCGUCUUUGGUAUCACGAUCGCGUGGUGGAUUAUCUGCAUCGGAAUUAUCGAUUACCGCUGCACCAUCAACAGCACCGCCUACACCAUGGCACACUGUGGCUCCAUCGACCGUGUGCAUCAUGACAAUAAGAUCAUCUAUGGCAGCUGCGCCGGCGAUAUCGUGACAGAUGCCCUCAUUCUUUCCGUUCCGAUCUUCGUCCUCUGGAACUCCCAGCUUCCGCUGCGCCAGAAGAUGGUCCUGUUCGCCUUCUUUUUGGCGACGGUGGUCGUUAUGGCGGUCGCCAUUGUGCGAGUGGCCGUGGGCAUCGACUACGCGCAGACGAUGGACAUCUCGUGGGUCUACUUCUGGUCCUGUAUCGAGAUGGGAACGGCCGUGAUGGUCGCCUGCGCCGCAUCUUUCCGGCAGCUCUACAUCACGUCGCGCAACCGACAUUUGUUCGGGAAAGGGCCCAAGGUGAAACAGGCAGUUGAUUCGGGCCAUCGCCGACUCCUCCAGUUCCAGUUUCAGAACACGGAGCCGAGUGUGGCUCGCGACUCGGAGGAGCCCUCCACCCACUCGACGGAGCAUAUUCUGAUAGGCAAGCUGGCGCACAGGAGUCCCGAGAUUAGUAUUCCUGUCUAGGAACAGCCUUCUUUGUUGAUUUCUGUUUGAGUGAUAUUCCUUUGAAUGGCGGAUCAAGCUGCUUGUCAGGUUGUCAACCUACCCUUCCUCCCCGGCCCCCGGCCCCCGGCCCCAAAUUUCUGCGA